CCCAAAGCUGUUGACAUGGAGGAGAAAUGUUAUCAAUGUAUUGAAUGUGGAAAGAGCUUUAGUCAGCAUGAACAUCUGAAGACACAUCAAAGUAUUCACACUGGGGAGAAACCCUAUACAUGUCUGGAGUGUGGGAAGGGCUUCACUCAUAGUGGAAAUCUACAUUCACAUCAAAGGACUCACACUGGGGAGAAACCCUUCACAUGCCUGGAGUGUGGAAAGAGCUUCACUCAAAGUUCAGGACUACGUAAACAUCAACGGACCCACACUGGGGAGAAACCUUAUAAAUGCCCGGAGUGUGGAAGGAACUUCACUACAAGUGGACAUCUUCGUUCACAUCAAAGGAUUCACACUGGAGAGAAACCCUAUAAAUGCCUGGAGUGUGGAAGGAGCUUCACUUGGAGUGGAAAUUUAUGUUCACAUCAAAGGACUCACACUGGGGAGAAACCCUAUACGUGCCCUGAGUGUGGUCUGAGCUUUACUCGAAGGGGACAUCUACAUUCACAUCGAAGGACUCACACUGGGGAGAAACCUUAUACGUGCCCUGAGUGUGGUCAGAGCUUUACUCGAAGGGAACUUCUGCAUUCUCAUCAAAGGACUCACACUGGGGAGAAACCCUAUAAAUGCCUGGAGUGUGGACAGAGCUUCAGUGAGACUGCAAAUCUACGUAGACAUCAGAGGACUCACACUGGGGAGAAACCCUAUAAAUGCCUAGAGUGUGGAAUGAGCUACACUCAUAGUGGAAAUUUACAUUCACACCACAGGACUCACACUGGGGAGAAACCCUUUAAGUGCAUGGAGUGUGGACAGAGCUUUUCACGGAGCGACAUUCUACAUAGACACCACAGAAUCCACAUUGGAGAGAAUGGUGUUAAUUGACAGCAGAGUGUCUUUCUAACAGGUACAAAAACAACUCUUGUAAAUUUUGGAAAUGCAAGCUCAAAUUUGGGACAUUUCAUCACAUGUGGUGUAUUGUAGAAAGACUGAACUAAAAUACGUUCUAUCUUGGAAGUAAUUAGGGUUAAAUGAAACCAGAGUUUGAUUGGUUGAGAAUGCUGGGCAAUCAAGUAGAAAGAAAACAAGGAUACUUACUGAAAUACCUAACUACGAUAAGAAUUGACUUUGACAUCGGUGUGUGGGCUAGACUAAACAACCAGGGCCUUAAGGUCAGUUGGAUUGCUUAUUCCAAUGCAAGAAGAAUGGCUUAUGAAGAUUCAUUAAUUUAAACAUUUAUAUUCCGCCCUUCUCACCCCAAAGGGGGGGGGGGGCAAAGGAGACUCAGGACGGA